AUGAUAAAUAGACAUUAUUUUAUUUGGUAUAUUGUUAUUUUUAAUAUAAUAAACAAAAUAUAUUUUGAAAAUAUAAAAUAUGUAAACUAUGAAGUGGUGGUAAGGAAGAAAAAAUAUAUAGAAACGGGUAUAGGAGGUAAUUUUAUAUUUACAAGAAGAUAUUAUAAGAACCGAGUUUUGAAGGAUGUAUCUUAUAUAAAUAGUAAUAAAAGAAAAGAUGGAGAGGAUAAAAAGAAGGGAAAUAUAAAAAAUUAUAUAAAUAAUAAAAAAAAAAAAAAAAAUGAUAAUUCUUAUAAAAAUAAAACAGAAAUAAGAAAGGAGAAAAGUACUUAUUUAGAUAAAAGGUAUAAUACAAAUAUAAAUGAAAAAGAAGAAAUAAAAAAAAAAAUAAAAGAUAUACAAAAAAAAAGAUUAAUUAUACAUUUUAAACAAGAUAAUAAUAUAUUAAGUUCAAGAAAUUAUAAACAUAUUUUUAUGAAGAUCCUUUCGAAUUGUGGUCAUAUUGAAAAAUUAAUUUUUAUAAAUUUUUAUUUAUAUGAAUUUCCUAAAUAUAUAAACAAUGAAGAAAUGAUUUUAAAUAUUUGUCUUCGCCUAUUAGAAAGUCGAAGAAUUAAUGUUGAGAAGGACACUCAAAUAAAUCAUGGUCUACAAAUGAGGAGUGAUAAUAAAAGGGGAGAUAAUAAAAUGGGAGAUAAUAAAAUGGGAGAUAAUAAAAUGGGAGAUAAUAAAAUGGGAGAUAAUAAAAUGGGAGAUAAUAUAAAGAGUGAUAAUAAAAUGGUAGAUAAUAAAUAUGACAAUAAUAUAUAUGACAAUAAUAAUAGUAAGAAUAGCAAGAUUAAUGUUGCAUGUCCAAUCAAAGAGAAGACGAAGGAGCUACCACAUGGAUCUCCUUCUACAUCUACAUUUACAUCUAUAUCGACAUCUCCAUAUACAUUGUCAGUGAAAGGUAAAAGAAAAUAUGAGAAUAAUAAAAAUCAUAUAUUUAAAAUUAAUCAUAGUAAUAAAAAUAAAGACAAUAAUAAUAAUAAUAAUAAUAAUAAUAAUAAUAAUAAUAAUAAUUAUCAUAUUAAUAGUAAUAGUAAUAAUAGUAAUUCUAAUCACAGUUCAGCCAAAUAUCAAAGCGAAAGAUUAAAUAAAAAAAUGAUUGGAACAAAUAUUUUAGAUGGUUAUGAUAUUAUACAAAUCGAAGAGGGCAUGAAUUUAUCAAAUAAUUAUGAAGUUAAUGAUGUUAAUGUUUGUAUUAUUGAUACAGGAAUAGAUGAUGAACAUGUAGAUUUGAAAGAUAAUAUUAUAGAAAAGAAAGAAUAUAUGAAAAAAAGCGACAAAAGGUAUAAUAGAAAUGAUAACAAUAAUAAUAAUAAUUUAUAUAAUAAUGAUAAUAAUGAUUUACAUAAUAUGUUACGUAAAAGAUUAUUUUUAAAAGAAAAAGAAGAAUGUUGUAAUAAUAAUAAUUCUAAUGAUGGACAUGGACAUGGAACAUUUAUUGCUGGUAUUAUUGCAGGCAACUCGCCUAAACAAAAAAGAGGAAUUAAAGGUAUUAGUAAGAAAGCAAAAUUAAUUAUAUGUAAAGCUUUAAAUAAUAAUAAUGCUGGUUAUAUUAGUGAUAUAUUAGAAUGUUUUAAUUUCUGUGCUAAGAAAAAAUCAAAAAUAAUAAAUGCAAGUUUUGCUAGUACUACACAUUAUCCAUCUUUAUUUCAAGCUUUAAAAGAAUUACAAAAUAAAGAUAUACUUGUUAUAUCUUCAUCUGGAAAUUGUUCAUCGAAUUCAAAAUGUAAACAAGCAUUUCAAGAAUGUAAUUUAAAUAUACAAAAAUUAUAUCCAGCUGCUUAUUCAGCACAUCUAGAUAAUAUUAUCUCUGUAUCUAAUAUGACACAACAAUCAAAUGGAAAUAUUGUAUUAUCAUCAGAUUCAUGUUAUAGCACAAAUUAUGUACACCUAGCUGCACCUGGGGGUAAUAUAAUUUCUACUUUUCCUCAUAAUAAAUAUGCUAUAAGUAGUGGUACCUCUUUCUCAGCAGCUGUUAUAACAGGUCUAGCUUCCUUAGUCUUAUCAAUAAAUUCUCAUUUAAAUAGUCAACAAGUUAUUGAAAUAUUUAAAAAUUCUAUAGUACAAACAAAAUCGCUAGAAAGCAAAGUCAAAUGGGGAGGCUUCAUAAAUGUCUACCAUCUGGUCAAAUUGACAAUUGAUAGUUUGCCGAAGAAAAACCAAGCAUAA